AUGGCUCACCAGUACUUGUCUCGCAUAGGUCUGCGCUCGCGCUCGCGCUCAUCCCGCCAAUCCGUCGACACUGGUGCCCGCUCGAGCGUCACGCCAACCGCACGCUCGCGCGCGGACUCCGUGUCAUCUGGUCCCGUUAAAUCGGCCGCGGCCUCUGCUUCAGCGCGCUCGCAGGACCUCCCGCAUUCCUCUCGAGGCAUGGCCGGCAUUUUGGACAUCGAGCGCAACCGCACGCGCCGGGACCGCACCUUCAUCGGCAGCGAGUGCGCUGUGUGCGAGGAGCCCCUCGAGCACACUCUGCGCGGCGAGCGCAUCCUGCAGCUCUCGUGCGGCCAUGUUUCCCACGAGGCCUGCUUCUGGGAGUACAUCCGCGAGUUUGAGUCGCAGUACUGCCCGACAUGCAACGCCCCAUUGGCUCUCGACACCAGCCGAGGCGGCAACGUCCUGGACCUUGAGAAGUUGAGCACCAUCGUGCGUUCGGUGCAACCCAGCGAGCCGCAGAGCGCCACACGAAGCGUCUCCAACACGCCCACCCCAUGGGACCCGCAGCCCGCCCACCACGAGCCGCCGUCCUUCCAACAGGACCGUCGCCCGUCCGUUUCGACCCACGACACUCGCGACGUGCGUGCUCGCGACAGCAGCCACCACAGCACACACAGCCGGGAUGCGAGGUCGGACAUGAGGUCGCAGUCGCGUGCGCAUGCAAGGAGCGACAGUGGCGCUACCGGGGUUGCAUCAUCUGGAGACCACGCAUACGACCCGACUGGCCGGCGGCACGACUACGACCUGCAUUCCAUGGAAUCCACGCUGAGCCCCCGCGCUCCCGUGAAGAAUCCCAUUCCUCCACCAACCGUCACCGUCCGCAGCGAGUUCCCCACCGUCAGCAGAUCGCGCCAGCAGCAGAGCCUGACCUGCCUCGUGACGGUCGAGGUUCCCGAGGGAAAAUGGAGGGCCGAUCCCGACGACAUUCGCGGCGUCCCGCCUGCGCCAUCUAUGCAAGGCGAGGAGCGCACUGGCCGCUCCAAGUCGCCCGCCCCGUCGCGCAUUUUCGAAAACAUCUACAUGAACCCAGACGUGCUCGACGAGGCAACCGACGAGCUUCACGCACGGGUGGACAAUUGGCACGGACUGGAUUUCUCCAGGUUUGGCAAACUUCGCUUGUUUGGCCACAUCCGCGUCGGCAAGGACCGGCAAUCAUGGCAGGAUUUGGAGUGCUACCUGUUUUCCGACAUGCUGAUCUGCGUCAAGGAAAAGAAGUCCAGCCACCAGCACCAGCAAAUGUCCCAGUGGGAUGGUGCCGAAACAACAAUGAGCAAGAGGCCCAAGUGUACUCUGAAGGGCUCGAUCCUGAUCAAGAAGCACUUGAAGCACGUUGACACUUCCGCCGACGAGGGAGUCCUGACCCUGAGUCUUUCGGUUGCUGAGCUCCCCUCCUUCCACCUUCUCUUCCGCGACCUCAGGCAACUUGACCUGUGGAAACGGGCUCUCAUGGACAUUCAUUCGGAGCCGCCGAUGCGCAUGCAAGAUGUGGACCAGGACAAUUCUGGCACCGACGAGGAGGAUUAUAGGUCCACAAAGAGGGUGUCAUCUGUUCAUUCCUACGCUGGAGCAAGAUCAACCAUGACGGCCCCCACGGAAUACUCCAGCUCUCGCGUGGGCGCCAGCGACGGACGACCAGUUUCAUCAUUUCACGUUCCCAUUGACCUUGUCGUCGUCAUUCCGGUCUCCUCGUCGAUGCAGGGUCUAAAGAUUUCUCUCUUGAGAGACACUCUGCGGUUUCUGGUUUCCAGCCUCGGAGAAAGAGACAGGAUGGGUUUGGUCACUUUCGGGUCUAGUGGAGGAGGUGUUCCGCUUGUCGGUAUGACGACGAAGGCUUGGCCUGGCUGGCCAAAGGUUCUCGACUCGAUCCGACCGGUCGGCCAGAAGAGCUUGCGCGCAGACGUGGUUGAGGGAGCCAAUGUUGCCAUGGAUCUGCUCAUGCAGCGCAGGUCAACGAAUCCGCUGUCGAGUAUUUUACUCAUUUCCGACUCGUCGACUUCUGACGCGGAAAGCGUUGAUUUCGUGGUGUCGCGGGCCGAAGCCGCUAAGGUUACCAUCCACUCGUUCGGCUUAGGCUUGACCCACAAGCCGGAUACGAUGAUCGAACUAUCGACGCGCACCAAGGCGUCGUAUACCUAUGUCAAGGACUGGAUGAUGCUCCGUGAAUGUGUGGCCGGCUCGCUUGGCUCUUUGCAGACCACUUCACACCAAAACGUAAAGCUCAAGCUGAGGCUGCCCGAGGGUUCGCCGGCAAAAUUUGUAAAGAUCAGCGGGGCCCUGCAGAUCACCAAGCGGGCAACCGGUAGAGACGCCGAAGCGUCUCUCGGGGACCUUCGCUUUGGUGAUAAGAGAGAUAUCCUCGUUCAAUUGGCGAUUACUCCAGACGCUGGCUCACCUGAGCAGUUACCUCAAGACCCGUGGGAGACCAUCGUUUCCGGGCUGGAAGCCCUUGGGGGGCCACUGGACCAGGAUGAUUCACGCAGCAUGAGUGUUGAAGAGGUCCCCUUGCUCCAAGCCGAUCUCACCUAUGGCGACAUCAUUCGUGAGGGCACGCUUUCCCAUCUGCCACGACCGUCUCUUCUGGCCAUUACGAUGCUUCCCUCCAGGAACCGGAGCUCCAAGAACCGACCCAUGACGCCGCCUAUUCCGCCGCAUCCGUCGGUCGUGCAGCGGAGAAUGGAGCUGCUUACUUCGGACAUGUUGACUAGGGCACUUACACUUGUCUCUCGCGGCCAGCACGAGCGUGCCCACCACCUCCUUAGUGAAACUAGGAGUAUCCUCAAGGGACUUGCCAAGGGCGGGUUGCCACCACUGCCGCCGCCGCCUGGACCGCCACCAUCGACGGCCCUUCCCAGCAACCCUGGGUCUGGGUCUGAAGCACCAUCACUACCGUCCCCUAUCAGCGAGACUCCGCCUCGGCCCCGUACUCCUUCUCCUAAUCCCGAAACGCUUCUUACGCCGGCUGCUGGCAUUGAUCCCAACGCUAUGUUCGCGCUGGACGCUGAGCUCGAAUCGUCGCUCGAGUGGAUCAACCACCCGGCCGUGUUUGGGCGGGACUCUCGCAAGGCGGUGCUGCAAUCGAUCGGGACGAUUAGUUCGCAGCGAGGGUACACGUUCCGGACGCCGGCCGAGUCGCUCUGGGCGGACCGCAUUUCAGGAGUCAAGCGACUUUCCGAGCGUUCUCGCGAAUGGCGCGAGGCGGGUGACGAGGCUCUUAUGGAGGAGAAUUAA